ACUUUCAGCUAAAACUAAUGCAUAUCAUUACAUUUCCCCAUAGAAAGGACCUACUACUGAAUUGUACUUGUGACUAUGAUGUUUCUAUGAAGGAUCUGCGAUGCAAUGAACGUUGUUUACAGCAGGUGGAUAUGACGUCACGGACUUGGAACAUCAAAACAACAACAUCCAAAUCCGCGAUUCUUCCUUUUUUUCUCCUUCUUUUCUCGGCGUGUUAAAAAUCUAAUAACAACAUUAGGAGAGGAGCUCGUGCCUUUCUGCGCUCGGCAGCUCUGGGAGACGGCGAGUGUGAAACUCCACAUUUUUUUGCUUUUUUCUUCGACGCCCUCGUGGUCCUGCCCUCAAGACUGUGAGCUGUUUUCUCAUUGGAGGAAUGGAGUGCCAGUCUGUCCUGCACCAGUGAUCAGGCCAGGAGACUCCAGUGGUGACAUCCUGUGGAGCCACAGAUCAAAGGCGAGGAGGCUGUUUUACCACCGCUGGAACCGAAGAUUGCUUUAAAUAAGCAAGUCCUUGUGGAAGGUUUUUAAGUCAUGAUGCAAGAAUCUGGGACGGAGGCGACGAGCAACGGACCAGCCAAUCAAAAUGGAGGAGCGAGCAUGGAGGGUGGGUCCAAGAGCACCACACCGUCGGUGGAGGUGACUGCGGCUGACCUCCUGCAUCUCCAGCAGCACCAGGCUCUCCAAGUGGCUCGGCAGAUACUCCUCCAGCAGCAGCAGCAGCAGCAGCAGCAGCAACAGCCCCAGUCACAGCAACUGCAGUCUCAACAAAACAUCGGCCGCAAAUCCCCCAAAGCCACCGACAAGCAGCAAAGCCCACAGGUUCCAGUUUCAGUGGCUAUGAUGACACCUCAAGUGAUAACUCCACAGCAGAUGCAGCAAAUCCUUCAGCAGCAGGUCCUGAGCCCUCAGCAGCUCCAGGUUCUCCUCCAGCAGCAACAGGCCCUCAUGUUACAGCAGCAGCAACUCCAAGAGUUCUACAAGAAGCAGCAGGAACAGCUCCACCUCCAGCUUUUACAGCAGCAGCAGCAGCAGCAGCAGCAGCAGCAACAGCAACAGCAGCAUGCAGGCAGCAAGCAGAGUAAAGAGCAGCAGGUGUCAGCACAGCAGUUGGCCUUCCAGCAGCAGCUCCUGCAGGUCCAGCAGGUCCAGCAGCAGCAUCUGCUCAACCUUCAGAGGCAAGGGCUGCUCACAAUCCAGCCUGGACAGACCGGCCUGCCACUGCACUCCCUCACUCAGGGCAUGAUUCCAGCAGAGCUGCAGCAACUGUGGAAGGAGGUGACAAAUGCUCACGUGAAGGAGGAGCACCACAACAACAGCAGCAGCAACAACAACGGCCACCGGGGCCUUGACCUGUCCUCCCCGGCACCGCCAAAGAACCCACUCCUCAACCAGCAUGCCUCUACCAACGGGCAGUACAUGAGUCACAAGAGAGAAGGAUCCACGCUAGAAGAGCAUUCCCCGCACAGUCACCCUCUUUACGGUCACGGCGUGUGCAAGUGGCCUGGAUGCGAGGCGGUGUUUGACGAUUUCCAUUCAUUCCUCAAGCAUCUUAACAAUGAGCACGCCCUGGAUGACAGGAGCACGGCCCAGUGUCGGGUGCAAAUGCAGGUCGUACAACAGCUGGAGCUGCAGCUAGCGAAAGACAAAGAGCGUCUGCAAGCGAUGAUGACGCACCUUCAUGUCAAGUCCACGGAGCCCAAAGCCACCCCACAGCCGCUCAACUUGGUGUCCAACGUCACAUUGUCCAAAUCGGCCCCUGAAGCCUCUCCUCCUCUGAGCCUGCCCCAGACCCCCACCACACCUACAGCACCCCUCACACCGCUGUCCCAGACCCACUCCGUCAUCACAGCCACCAGCCUGCACAGCGUGGGCCCCAUGCGACGGCGCUACUCAGAAAAAUACAACAUGCCCAUCUCUCCAGAUCUCAGUCAGAACAAAGAGUUUUACAUGAAUGCAGACGUUCGACCGCCGUUCACGUACGCCUCACUAAUAAGACAGGCAAUCCUCGAAUCUCCAGAAAAGCAGCUAACACUAAACGAAAUCUACAACUGGUUCACACGAAUGUUUGCAUAUUUUAGGCGCAACGCGGCGACGUGGAAGGGUGCCAUUCGCACCAACCUUUCCCUGCAUAAGUGCUUUGUGAGAGUAGAGGAUGAGUUUGGGUCCUUUUGGACAGUUGAUGAUGAGGAGUUUAAGCGCGGCCGCCACAUUCAGCGAGGCCGUCCUCGGAAAUACGCCGCUGAUGAGAACUUUGACGAGCUGCUCGUACAAAGUCCAGCCUUAGUGAAGAACAUUCAGACCAGCUUGGGCUAUGGUCCGACCCUCUCUGCCGCCUUCCAGGCUUCAAUGGCAGAAAACAACAUACCUCUAUACACUACUGCUUCCAUUGGAAGUCCCACCCUCCACUCCCUGGCUAACGCCAUCCGCGAGGAGAUGAAUGGAGCGAUGGACCAUGGAAACAGCAACGGCAGUGACAGCAGCCCGGGACGCUCGCCCCUGCCAGCUAUGCAUCACAUCAGCGUUAAGGAGGAACCACUGGACCCCGAAGACCACGAUGGGCCCCUCUCCCUGGUAACGACUGCCAAUCACAGUCCGGAUUUCGAUCACCACAGAGAUUACGAUGACGACCAGGGCCACGACGACAUGCUGUAAAAGGGCGAGCUCCGCCCCUCCCCAGCCUCAGAGGCAGAGGCAGUCUGGGUCAUCUGGGAGACACUCCGCAGAUAACAAACACUGAACUGCAGUCUCAGCCACUGAUGACAGAAAAGUUAAACUUUUUAGUGCCAUUACAAUACAUAGCAAGAACACACACGUACACACACACACACACACACACACAAAAAACAACACAGAAGACGCCCCCACAUGAGGGAUUUUUUUUCUGAUUACUUUCUACUUUUGAUUUACUUCAUUUCUACUCAUGUGCGGGAUGUUUGGUACGGGGGUGGUCAGAGACCCUCGCUGUGCAGCCAGGACACACUGCGGACUGCAAAGAGUGUCUCGCCCCCACCCACCCCCCUCCCCCUCUGCUCUCUCUCCCUCCGCUCUCUCAGACCACAAACUCAAGAGAGAGAGAGGACGACUGACGUUUAAUUUACACCGCGUGUGUGAAUGAAGCGACUUCAUUGUCACUGCCUUCAACACUUCUCAUUGGUUUGAUUCCAUCUAGGGUGGGAGGGUUUUUAUUUGGGUGUACUUUUUCUGUUUAUUAGGGGGUGAGAGGUUAUAAAAUAUCAACAUAAUGUGUCUUUUUUCCAUUCAAUGCUGUUAUUGAUGUUGCACCUUUUUUUUUGUUUUUUCUUGAAACUGAUCAGACCUCAUGCCCAUGCUGUGGAGAUUCUGUGUGGUCACUUGAUGAUGAAUGUUUAUGAUUUCCUUUCAUGUUGUUCUUUUACAUACACACAUGAAGCAGAAUGUCACAUACCAAGUAGUGUUUUUCUGUCAUUUAUUCCACAAUCUUCCAAAAAGAAAAAAAAACAGCCCCUCACCCCUCCUCCCCCUCCUUCUCCUCCUGCUCAUGAAGUCCAUUGGCAAUGCACUACUCGUAAUGAAGGCUCUCUCCACGCAUCAAUGAAGUUUAAUUUAAGAUGCGAAUGAAUGACAGAGAAAUCAUGCAGGUUAUGAUUUAUCCUUAUGAAAUUAUACUUUAAAACAGCCCCUCACGGCAGACCAUGUUGAGCCCGCAACAGAAUUUCUGAUCACUUACAAGCUGUGGGUUUGUUGAAAGCAAAAUGAAAAUGUCAGGUGUGCACCGGAGAGAUAAUGAUUUAGACCAACUAAUUGUGAUUCCUGAACACAGCCGUCAUUGUUAAUCAAACGUGUCUGCUUUUUUCCACGCUGUAAUUUCAUUCAGCGCUUGAAGAUAAACGUUCAUUCCCUGUAGUUUUAUUUGUAUCACUCGCAUGAGCAGUUUUUAAGUUUAGUUAAAUAAGAAAAAAAAAAAAAUUGCACACCGGAUGAAAUACCUGUUUUCUUUCACCUAGGAGGGAAAAAUCCCAAGACUUGCAAUAAGACCGAAACAUUGCACAUUCCAGCAUUUGACAGCCAUCGUAAAGGGCCCAAACAUACAGUACACGCCAUUUAGGGAGUGUGGAUACCUCGACGUUCAGUGCCACCCAAAAAGCCAAUAGUUGUAGUCCACAGCAUUGAACCGAGUGGCAUCCACAUGUGGUUUUGUGAUGCAGCAGUUCCAGCUUCAGUAGGGAGUUAAAUAUCACCAUGAAUUUCAAGACUGCAAUCAACCACUUUUUUAUUUAUUAUCAUUAUUAUUAUUUUAUGUUUUAUUUGGCUUUUUGUUUUAGUUGUUGAUGUGUUUUAAUAUCUUGUUCUGUGACUACCAAAGAUAAACUACAAAGUCAAUGUUGUGUGUUCCAUGCAAUAGCAGAUAAGGCCAAAAAUCUCUCCUCCAUUCAAAGAGUCCAUGGGUAAAAACAGAUAGAAGCCAUUUUUAAAAUAGAAUAAGUCAACACCAUUGUGAUUGAUUUUGUCAUGAUUACGCUAUAAAAAUAUAUGAUUUAGUAAAAUAAAAAAAUGUCAGAUGUCUUGUUAAAACAACAAACACCUGUUUGAUUGAUAUUCACUGUUUUGCACCCCCCACCAAAAAAAAAACAUGAUUUGAGAAAAUAAAUCAAAACAGCGAUAUCUGUUUUUGCACAUGACCUCUUCUCUCCCAUCGGACGAUCAAGCCAAUGGCAGAUGGAAUCGAGGGGUGAAACGCUCCUCAAACUGGUGUGCUCAUUCUUUUUUUUUCUUUUUUUUUUUUUUUUAUUAAAAACCAAAGGGGGUGUCUCGAGCAGGACAGCUGCAGUAGUGUUUGCAGUGACCAAAACGGAAUGGGAGGCGCUGACAGUCUGACUACACGAUGACCAAAUUAGGGAAAACUUUUUUUAGGGGCCAGUGAGUGGAAAAGGGAGCUUUUUGGUUUGAUCAUAAAGGGUAUGUAGAUUAAGAUUAAGAUGAGGAAAAAUAUACUGGUAAAUGGGGGGAGGGUGGGGGGGGAGGCUUUGCAGAGAACAAUGUGAAACGGAUUCUAUACUUCAACUGGACCACACAAUGAUUCAAUGUUUCUCUUCUUUUAUUCCUUUGUAUCCUUUGAAAUGAUUGUAUGCCACUCUUUAGGGUUUUAGCGUCUUUUGGCGAGACUUUAUGAUUGUGUUUAGUUUCUGUCAUUACUUUUUAUAUUAAAAAAACACUCCUGUCAACUAAUAA